AUUGAGAACUCGGAAAGCAGCAGGUUAACAUCCAUGAGCUGAGCCCUCCUGAAGACUUUUGCUCUCAUUCUGCUGGAUUUACUCUCUUUUCCUCCUGCUAAGGAUAUUUAUUUUUUCAUGACUUUGAUUUUUUAGACAACAUCUGGGGUCUACCCAACUGCGGAUCUAUGCGCACCCUACGUGGGAAUCAACGACAUUUGUGAAGCUGAAGAGGAGGAAUGUAUCGUUUCUUUGUGAAACUAACAUUUCUGAUUCCUGCGAUCGUCAUUUCACAAGGUAAAAAAAGUGUUUCUUGGAGAUUUUCAUCAGGGGCUAGGGAUAAAGGCUGCACGGCAUGAAAUUAGGUUUUGGAGAAGUUAUGGGUAAUCAAUAUCAGCGUGUAAUUAAACAAUACAGCCUUUUCCACAAUGCUAAAUCAUAUCAAAGACUGAAGUAAAGAGAUAGAGUGAAGUUUUUUAUUGUCUAAGAAACUUGGUAGUGAUUUUUGAGUACGUUUCUUAGUCGUGGGAAUUAGUUUACUACAAGUGCAGGAGCCAAGUGCUGCGGUGCGUUUGGCUGCUGACUUCCCCUCGAGUACGCUUGUUAAAGUUACUCUACAGAGUUAACUGUUUGCUGUACUAUCUGCUAAAACAGAUCAGGCAAUACUCGUGCAUACGAACUUACAUUUGAAAUGCAAGAAUAAGGAACUAAAAGCUUUCGCUUGAUUUGAUUUUCCAUUCUGUCCUGAAGUUAUAUUUACGCAAUCUCGAUUUCAAAAUAAAAGUCUUUGUUUAUAACUUUGGUGAACUUUUAUCUAAACUGCUUUAAGAACCGGUUUUGGGGGGAUAAAGGGUACUGGUGCGUGUGUCGGUGCAAGGGGACGCUUGGAAGGGGGGGGGGGGGGGGGGAGGGGGCACCUUUUGUCUGCAUGUGUGGGACAGUGUUGUGCGUAAAGGGGGGGUUGGAGGAGGUGCUGUUAUUCCCGUCUGCCGGUAAACAAUGCCCGAGGAGAGUGUUUUAUGGCUCGUGCUGGACUCUGAUUUCUUUUGUUCCGCAUCUGAGCCCCACAGCUGCUGCGCUUUCCCCGCAAAAGCGUGCCCCCCACCCCCCCUCGAAAAAAGCCACGCACCACGCGCUCUGCUGCCCUCACCGGUGUCCACAGCAGGCUUCCCUUCCCAACCAAUAUCCCCUAUGGACAACUGUGUAACAAAUCAAUUAAAGAUCAGCGUGUGCACGCACUAGUGUGUGUGUGUGUGUACAUUAAAAAAAGAGGAAUUCCUGUGAAUAAAGAUAGAUUUAAUAAUUUCACUUUUGAUUAAUCCCUGUAUUAUACACUAAUCCCUGCUAAUCCUCAUAGAUAGUGUAAGAGUGCAGAUGGCUCACUCCCCUCCUGCGUUUUAUGAUGUUUUGAUUUGUUUUAAUUCACAUUUUCUCUGCUCAACAGGUCUUAAAUGCUCCCUGCCUACUGAAUCCUGCCUGAAUGGAGGAAGGUGUGAAGCCACCUCCAAUGGAAAUGGAGAAUGCAAGUAAGUAAACCAGCAGCAGGUUACUGCAAUGCAACAGAAUUUACACUGCAGCUCACCACGAAGCAUUAGCACAUCCUGUCUUAUGGUCAUGUGUGCACUCAUUUAUUUCUGCAUGCUGUGGAAUAUGUGCAGCCUCAGAAGUGCAGUGUGGUGUAAUUUUUUGCUACUUGAAAGUGCUUUUUGGUUGGGAAAAGAAAAAGGGGCCACAUAUCCCUCCUUUCAUUCCAGUCUUUGAGCUGGCCCCUGCGCCCGGCAACCAGGGGCCCUUGAGUUUUCUUCUUCGCGCCGGUGUGUGCCGCAUUUCCCCGCAGCUCUGCACACAUUCCCCGAAAAUGAAAAGAGUGUAAGAUGUGAAGAAAUAAAAAAAAGUGAGUGAAGUUCCAAGAGAGUAGUCAGACAAAGGGCCCCUCGCUCUGCAACCCCCCCUCCCACAUCAGUAGGCCCCGUUAAUGAAUGCAAGACCCCAAGCAAAGUGAGAGGACGCGUCCAGUCCUAAAUCUUGUUUUUCUGCCCUUUCAUGGGCGACAGCUGGGGCUCGCCCGCCGCCCGUCACCCAUUGUCCUGCAGUCAGAAUAAUGCUGUGUGACUAAUCUGAGUGGGGCUUCCCAUCAUGCCACAGCCACCCCAAACACCACAACACACACCAAACCCCUGCCACAACCCCCCCACCCCACCCUGCCCUGUCUCCAAGAGGCUUGUCUCCUGCUUUCUGAAUGGAGACACCCCUCUCCACCUUCACCCCCAGCCUCACCCGCUUAUGAUCUCCAUUAGAAAGCCAGAUGGCUGUGAGAUGUAAUUGGAUUGGAUGUCAAGAGAGUGAGAUUAAUUGGAAUAAAGUGCAGAAAUUUGAAGGCAAACAAGUGGGAGCAGACGGAGAGGCAGAUUGUGGGCUGUUUGUUUUGGCUGUGCAUUGGUGCUAAUAAUUUGUGGGUGAGAAACCUAAUAUGCUAACAUAUUCCUAUUGAUGCUUUGAGCUUGCUGACUCAUUCAAAUUUUCUCGUGCAAAGGGUUGAUCUCGGUCCUAAUAGCCAACAUAUGGUUUGUGCACUUUCAAACAUUUUAUUGUGAUUUGCAGUUGUGGCAUCAAAUUUGUCCAUCUGCAGAGCAGCUCAGAGGUGGCCUGGUUUACCCUCAGGGCACUUUUGGUCAUGGCGGGUGCUUCUCUGGUCCACAGAGGACAAGGGGGAGCCAUUGAAGGGUCCAUACCGCUAGCCUAGGGCCACUAAUUCACAAUAUCUAAUCUGCACACUCCCCACACACACACAGACCCCCACACGUGCGCACACACAAAAACUCUACCUCCGCCUUCCAUCGCACCCACAAAGCUGUUAUUGUCCUCCCCACCUCUGCUCGGUCCAAUCCAAAGCAGACAGGAUGAGAGCAUCACUUCACCCAACCUCGCUCUCCCUCUUCCUCCUCGCUUUUCCUGCCAUUAAUCAUUCAUCCCUGCCAAGCUGGGCAGCCAUCAGUCAUGAGUCGCAGUGGGGGAUUCAACACGAGUCAUCAGGGGUCAGAACGUGGCGUCUAUUGCAGGGGAGGAGGGGUUUCAAAAGGUUUUCUUAUUCUUUUUGUGCCACACUGACUGGAAGUUUGUACACUUGUAGAGUAAAAUGAUGAAGGGGGAAAGUCCCUGUGGGUAAAGCCAAAGUUUUUGUGUGCCUACAUGAAGGUAGGAGAAGCUCCUCUGGGGUUGAUUUUUGCCACAUAAAGGUGUGAUCAGUCAAACUAGGUUAAACUUUCAGUCAAACUGUGUUAACCUUACAGUCAUCUUUAACUCAACUCAACUCAACUUUAUUUGUAGAGCACUUUAAAACAACCACAGCUGUACAAAGUGCUGUACAUAACAGGACAAAAACAACAAGAUAAAAAACAAUCAAGAAACAAUUAAAACAAUGGAUAAAAUAAAAGCAGAAUUAAUAAUAAAAUAUAGCUUCAAUGUUUUUAAAAACUAAUUUAAAAACAUAGAAACAAAUAACUACAAACCAUAAAACACUAAAACAGGAGCCGAGUCUCAUGGAGGGUUAAAAGCCAAUGAAUAAAAAUGGGUUUUAAGACGAGUUUUAAAAAUGGACAGUGUGGGGGCUUCUCUAAUCUGGAGGGGUAGCUUGUUCCAUAAAAUUGGGGCAGCAACAGAAAAAGAUCUAUCCCCUCUGAGCUUACAAACUUACAAAACAAUUUGAAACUACACACCUGGUUUUUAAAGUUCCCACUGAGUCACAUGUGCAUUGUGGUUUUUGUACAGGGCCGCAGGUUUGAGUAGUAAGGUAGAUCUAAAUCCUCUUUUAGCCCCGUUCCCAUGAGUGUGAGAUCAAGUGAGAUCACAUGCUGGCAUAGAGAACAAGGUUAUGCUUGGUGUGAACUGCGAUAAUCGGAUGUCUAAUGGAUGGGUUCAGUGGAAUUAAAUCCAUGUUGAAACAAACCUGGUAUCCCAUAGCCCCCCCUUCCUACAGGAAAGGAUGUUUACUGUCCUUCCUGGUUCUAAAAUCGGUCACCCUUAAUUUAAAUCAGUAGGCCUAUGGAUCACUUCUGAAAACAGGAACUGACUUGUGUCCUGUUUACUAAAUUGCUGUAAAUUUAACUCCAAGGAUAACUAGACCCAGCUUUUGUUCUGGGCUACCUUCGUCACCUCCAUCAGUCCUACAGAAGCUAAAAGCUGCAAAAAAAAAGAAGGUAAAGUGAUUGAAGUUGUUAAGAAAACUGAGAAAAGAUGUAAAAAAAAUCCAACUUAGCUUGCUCGGACAAUUACUGCCAACCAUGAAUUGCUUACAAGUCACCAAGCCCCUAUUUACAGUGUUAUAUCCACAAGAAAGGUAAUGCUAAUUAGACAAUCUUGGCUAUUUCUGAUAUCAAGUAGCUUUAGCUUUAAAUAAGCCAUGGGCCGAUACUGUUAGCUUUAGCCCAAGCUCCUUUGAUUUAAGCUAGCUGUGUCAUUGGUUUGACUUUUGGAUGUAUAUUUUUAUUACAUCAUUCAAUAGUAACCAAACCGCAAAACACUUAAAUCUACUGGAAGUAAAAAGCUGUUUAACUGAUGCAACUAGCUAGCUAGCUGUCAUCUAGCACAGCCAAACUGUUCCUGAACUACUGAACAGUCAUUUAAAAACAAAUUCCCUGCAUUAUUUUGGCAAUACUGGUGUUUUUAACUUAAUGUCGACAAAUGUGGUUUGGUUAUAAGCUGAUUUUUUUGACAACAAAAUAUAGAGAAUAUUUUUAGCUGUCAAAUUUAGCUUAAGGACCUUUUAUUGUAGAGUACAGUCAACAGAUUGUUGUUGCUUUAUAAUCAGUUUAAAUCAAAGAGUUCGACUCUCCCAGCCUUUUUUAAGGUUGCUGUGUUUUUCUUUGAGUCUUUCCACCACAAAAUCAUUCAUGGUUCCUUAGCAAAAGGUUAAUUUUGUAUAUUUAGAGUGGUGUCUAGACAUAACAGUGAACUUCUGUUUGUGGUUAGGGUAUUAGAGACUAUGAGACAAAAACAGGCUACUGUAACGAGGAAGCAUGUCAGUCACAGCUUUGCGAAGUAAGAGGUUAUCUGAAGGUCUGGGGCUUCCUGUUUCCCAUGGUGCUGCAGUCGUCUUGUUGUGUAGGCAGCUUUAAAAUGUGUAAGGGCACAGCGUUGCGUGAGUCAAAUUUAGUUUCCAUUUGUGACACAGUAAUGAGGGCAUGUAGAGGUUGAAAGGUUGUUGCCCUCAGCCCUGCCUGUGCAUGACUGAGCGCAUGUUGAUGCUGCUUUGCUGAAAUAGACACUGUUUUGGUCUGAGGUGGCUGUUAAUAAUAAACCCAGAAACAUCUCAACUGUCUCACUACAUACUUCGAAUGCUGCAAGACGUCUGGCAAAAAUAGACAUGAGAGGCAGAAAAUUGACUGAAAGUUUGCUGUGGUCGGUGUAGUGAGGCCUUUCUGACCUUACACAGAGCUGUCUAGUGUUGCAUAUUGAUGAUAAAAUGUCUCACCCGUAAAGACCGUCUAGAGCACUACCAAAAAGAUGUUCCACUCUCUCUUGAGGAAUGCUGCUCUUCAUUUGUCCUCCUAUAGGAUUACCAAGCAGGUCUCUGCUGAGGCUCAGCUCGUUGCGGGCUUAAGCGAAUCGGGAGCACUGCUGGGUCAAGUGUGCCCUGCUGGUGUUGGGCUUUUAUUGGGGUUUAAGCUCCGAGGCUGCCACUCCCUCGGAUGGGCCCAUUCCUGAGAUGCCAGGAGCCCCCUAAUGAAGCAACGAACAAGGAUGGAGGAACAUGACAUUUUAACUUUGACUUCCUGAAACAACCAAACUCUUCCAAAAGCAUACAAACAUUUUUGCACGUUAAGUGGCAGUGUAGGCCCCCCCUGGCAGACUUGAUCAAGUCUGGAGAUCCUCAGAGCGGGCCGAUCAAAGCUGUGCUGUCAGGGCAGAGAGAUAAGAAGCUAUUUGGCUGUAGUGGGUGCUGAAAGUUCACAGGCUCCAGCAGAGGCUGUCAAAGGCAGAAAGGCCAAAUCUAACAGCAGGCCAGUGCUGCAUCUGGCAUGAGGCAACGGGGUAGAUUGCCUGUACAUGUGUAAUCCAUGUUUCCUUAUCUGUUUUGAUUUUAAGCCUGACAGGAAAUGAUAUCAGCUCAGACAUAAAGUAGCAGCUCAUUAUCCUUAGUCUGACUAUAAUACAACAUAGUAUAAGAGAAAGACAUCUGAAUACGAUCUCACAGCAUUGUGGUUACGUUGUUGUGCACUGGCCUGAUUCAUAGACUCCACGUCAACACCACUUAGGCAAACAUGUUCGUGAUCACCAUCAUAGGAAGUCACUUUCAGGCUUUAUAUUUGACUAUAAAGUUUGGUUGAAAGAUUAAAACUGUUCCAGGUGAAAACAGCCACCUGUGAAAAAAGGUGCAUCACUCACCCAUCCUGUUGAAAGUUCAGUCUCAGAGUUUGUUUACUGGUAUUUGUGUGUGAAAGUGAUCUCCUAGUCAUUAGUCAAGCAGGUGCUCAGUCCCUGACGCUGCGACUGACCCUCAUAAAUCUCACCACUUUGCUGCUUUUAGAAAGUGAGACAGGAAGUACCGUAAUCCCUCUUGAGGUGAUGUCUUUGUUGUGAUUUUUCCAUCGGUCGUGAUUACAAAGAUGAAAACAAGACGAGAACAACACUUGGAAGGGUCUGAUAAAAUGCCUCAACCAGGUUAUCUGCUUCUGUCUUCAAAUUCAUCAUAUACAUGAUAUCAGCAGCAAUUUUUGAAUCACAUCUUAUAAAUAUUACAGCUUCAACUCUUGAGUUAAAGUACAUCACAGCCACAAACACAGAAACUAAAAAAAGGAAACAAGGCGCGAUCUUAUGACUUUUUUCACAUUGUUCACUGACUCAGUAGUGUUCCCCAUAUUAUAUAAUAUUUUCUAAGUGAUAUGCAGUCAUGGGGGGAUGGGGAAAAGAAGAUUUUACGUGGAAAGAGAAACAUUAUGAUGUCGAAAUAAUAUUAAUCGAUCUAUCUCUUCUCAUGAAUACACAAAUAAUCCAAGUUUUAGAAGGACCUUGAGUAGUACUAGACUGUCAUCAUCUGGGACCGGCUGGGUCAAGAAAGCGGGAUAGUAAAACAGACAAAUAGAAAGAAAUCCGAUAACUGGAUAUAGGCAAAGUUUGUUGUGGGAUAUAUUAGAAGUUAAACUGUUGAACUAAAGAAGGACCAAAGAUUUCAAUGUCUGGUAUUCGUGACUUUAACACAUGUCUGUAUUUAAAGUCUUGUUCUCCAGCCUACUGAUUCAAAUUAAGUGCUGAUCAGUGGUUUGCCUUCUUCCAUUUCUCAAGUCUUUGAAUUGAAAUUCACUUAUGUGUUCUUACUUUGGUCUGACUAACAGAUGUUUACCCCAGAGUUCAACCCUCGGCUAAUGAUUAGACACAUCAGCUAACUAGACAAAAUAAAUGAGUGGGAGAGGGCCACUCGAAGAGAAAACAGGGGGAGUGAGUGUUACAGAAAGUGAUGAAAAAUAAGGGAGGGGGUGUCCUACUUUCACAAAAACCUGAAAUCAACACCAGGAGUGUAUAAGUCAUCCUCACAGACGUUAUUACUGUACACUCGUGUCGGUCAUUUACAUAACAUUUUCCACAGCGGUGGCAUUUCCAGCACACAGUGUGUUUGGCUUUGUGUCACAGGAUAAAGUCACCCCCAGUGUGGCAGAUGGUAGAUCAGACCCAGCGGGGGAGAGAAGGCAAAGAGGCCGUCCCACAGUCACAAAAGUGUUUGGGGUCAGGGGUCGGGGAAGCAUCUGCUCUGGCCUGAGGGGACAUUGCAGCGCUGGGAGAGACCUGUUGCCGUGGUGUGUGCUGCUUGGCUUUUCAGCAUGUGGGUGGAUCUUUAUCUCAGACUGGACUGACAAAGAGGAUCUAUUACAGUUUUUAGCAUGGGGUGACACACGGGUGCACAGCCUGUUAAUUACAUUCGUCUGAUUACACUCGAUUUAGAAAAGUGAUUGAAACCAGAACUGUGACUUUUCUUGUUCAUGUCGCGUGUGUUUUCAUGGUAAAGGGAGCUAGGAAGUGAGGAAACUUCAAAGAAAACACAAAUGCUUUUACAAUCUUCUGCCAAUUGGGACUGUCUGGGCCCCCUGUGGGGUUCAGGAGACUGUUAAAAACUCUCUGAUUGGUCUCACCUAACUAAGUCAACAAGGCAGUUUUCAGCAGUCCCGUGUGACAUAAGGGGAACGCUGUAAAAAGCAAACUGCUGGGAGCUGUAAAAGAGGCCUCAUGGGAGUGAGAUGAGAAAAGGCAGCAGUGAAAAGCUGAAACGGAUAGAAGACUGGCGGGUAGAAAGAGCCAGAAAGUGGGAAAUUAAAAGAGGAACAGGUAGGGAAGAGAGGAAUUAAGAAUGAGUUUGGUGAUUGAGGUGGGGGUGAAGAGACAGAAGUUGCAACAGCUGACUUCACAUGGGUCCUUUUUGUCCCUGGAGGAGAGGUUGGUUUGUCAGCACCCCCAUCUGACAUGGGGACAGAGGGGAGGGAGGUGGAAGGAGGGAUAAGGAGGAGGGAGGAGAAGGAGGAGGAGGAGGAGCCCUGUCCAACAGCUGCCUUCAUUAACAUGCGCACCUGCUCCCUGUGGAGAUCCUCAGAGGCCAACAGAUGCCGUCCCCUGCACAUAAACACACACUGGCCUCUACGUGCAACUACACACUUCCACACAAGCUCCAAUUCAAACAUAAACACAUUUUUGUGACUUUAAAUGCCCUUCAAGAUGACAGAAAGCAUACUAAACUUCUUUUCUGCAGAUUCAGUAAUCUAACUCUGCAGAAGAGGCCAGUCUUUGUGCUCAAAGUUGAGCUAUGUGACUGUAGCAGCAUCUAUCCUUAGUGUGGAUAGCAGGGAAGCAAACAGGGGCUUAGGCCUGAAUCCAGAGCUUCAAAUCAGAUUCCCAAAGUCGGCACAGUCCCCUUGAUCUCCAGAGUCAUUGUGGAUGAGUGUGGACAGCACCGAGGGGGGAAAGGUAGAUGGGAAUGAGCUGUUUCCACUGGAGUUUUUUUGUGGUGGCAGAAUGUGUGUUCAGGGUUCUGAGGGAGUCUAAUCCAGAGAGACACACUGCAACAACAUGCCAUCCCCCCAUGGCUGCUGCAGUGGGACCUGCUUAGGCGGGAAACUUUUACCCACACCCCCUCCCCUUAUUCCCUCUAUUGUUUGGGUAAUUGUUCCCAUAACUUAAAGUAAAAGAGAAAAAAAAAUCAUUUUUUGCUAAUUAUCCCCAUUUCUCUGUCUACUCACAGGUGUACCAGUGACUACGUAGGCAACCGGUGCCAGUAUCCAAGCCCCUGCAGUCCUUCACCCUGCAAAAACCGUGGGGAAUGCCGGGCUGUUUCCCAUGGCAACACAUUUGAUUUUAGGUGCGUGUGCCCCCUGGGAUUCAGUGACCGGCUGUGCCUGACCCCCACCAACCAUGCCUGCAUGAGCUCCCCCUGUCGCAAUGGGGGGACAUGUGAUCUCAUUACUCUCACUUCAUACAGUUGCCGCUGUCCACCUGGGUGGUUAGGUAAGUACAAAAUAAAAGCAUCAUUCUUUCCAUAUUUUUCAACAUGAAUAAUGUCGGCAAGUAGUCUAACUCUUUUUUCUUGGUACAUUUUUAAGGUAAAACCUGCCAGGUUGCCAAUGCCUGCGCCUCCAAUCCCUGCGCAAAUGGCGGUCAGUGCUCAGCCUAUGAUUCCACCUACGUCUGCAAAUGCCCGACUAACUUCCAGGGUCUUACCUGCAAACAAGAUGUCAACGAGUGCGCCAAGACUCCCUCCCCUUGCCUAAAUGGGGGUGUGUGUGUAAACGAGGUGGGCUCUUACCACUGUCGAUGCCCUCAGGAAUACACUGGCCAACACUGCGAGAACGCUUACCUGCCGUGCAGCCCCUCACCGUGCCAGAAUGGAGGCACCUGCGUGCAGAAGGGAGACACCUCCUAUGAUUGUAGCUGUCUGCCUGGUAAGAUACCAUAAACAUUUCCAAAUAUUUGAUCAAAAGUAGUCCAAAGACAAUAUAUUAAAUCUGAAAACUGAAACCUUUUAAAUUGUUUUAUGAAAAACAUAUUCUGGUUUUCCAAUCGAUGUCAGUGAUAAGUUGGAACAGAGACAACAAAACACUAAGAAAAGUGUACUUGGAGUCCAGCUUUUCUGUUUUUUCUUCCCACAAAAAUUUGGGGUUAGGGUUAGUCUGAUAUCUACAGUCAAUAAUGUUGUUAAGGGAAUACAGAUAGCUUGCCAUGAUAUUAAAAGAGACAUGACUCUAUAGUGGGAGUCACUGCAUCAGCUGCAAAUAACUUCCAAGACACUGCACUCUUUUUAAUUAAAUAUUGGGCUCUUUGUGUAAAAUUGGACACAAACUUUUGAAAUUCCAUCAUAUGCAGUACAAAAUAUCAUUGUAAGAAUUUAGCUAUCUGGCUUGAUACAAAAACAGACACGACUCUGGUAGUCACUGUAAACUAACAAUAUGAUUUUGCAAAGAGACAGGUUGUAGAGUUCACAAGCAUUAAAACUGCAUUUCCCCUGAAUUUCUGCAUAAAACAUGGAGAUUUAUAAAGCUGGAAGGAUGUUAGAUAACUGGCUAGAACAUAAUUGAAGUAAUUUAAAGCUUUCAAGGAAGAUCUUGUUUUUUCUGCUGACAUAUGGUGUUGCACACGCCUAGUGCAACAAUGAAACAAACACUUUUGUUUUCUGAUUACAUCAGUUGACCUAAAAACCAGUCUGUUGUUGUAGUAAAAUGUGACUGAGAAGAAUGGGUAAUCUCUGGUUACCCCCUCUACCUCCAAUCUCCCUCUGCCAGCCUCUCCAGGCAGGAUGCAGGCGUUUCCUUUUGAUAACCACCGCCCAGCUCCUACAACACCAGGGAUAUGCACAUACACACAGAUGUAUAGAAACACACUUUCACAAGGUUACAUGAGCACACAAAUGUCUGUUUUUGUUGUGGCUGUGUUGGCACCCAAAGCAGUUGUAGCGCUGUGCAAAACUCAGGUUGGAGUUGAACAUUUGCGAUUUGUGCAAUAACGGCAGCUGUGCAGAAAGAUUUUCUGAAAUAUUUUGCGAUAAUUUUUGCCCUGGGCACCUUUUUUUGCAUGAUCGUGAAGAAAAAUCUGUUAGAUAUGCAGAUGAAUAAGGCCUUUCAUGCGAUUGUCUGUUAAAGUUUAACCCACAAUGGGUGUCUCUCGUGGGUGAUGGAAUGUGGUAAGAUAGCAAAGCUGCAUGGGCACCUGCAGAGCUCCGAGUUGAUAGUUAAUCAGACUAUCAUGGCUGUAAAACACCCACUCAUGUCUUUGAUGUUUAAGGAGGAGGCAAGUUGGCCUGUCAUCUACGGGGCAUUAAAACAAUCUGCCACGCGGAUGUGGAGACUUUAUCUUCUGCUUAAGUGUACAGUGUGAUAAGAAAAGGAAGAGGGUCUGAUUAUUAACUAAAAUUGACUGAUGCUUGAUCUUUUUGUGUAUCUUUAUAAGUCCACACCUUUCUCAUAUUGUCCUCAUGGCUUCCUUCUGCUUCAGGCUUCACAGGUCCCCAUUGCGAGUAUAACAUCGAUGACUGUCCCGGCCACAACUGCCAGAACGGAGGAGUGUGUGUGGACGGUGUGAACACCUACAACUGCCAGUGUCCUCCUCAUUUCACAGGUAUCCUAUGAGAGAUGUUCUUUUAAUGAAACUUCCAAAUUAAAUCAAAAGACAAUACAUAGAAAAACAGAAAUAAACUGAACUUCUCUCACCUGUUUUUAACCAUUUCAGGUCAAUACUGUACUGAAAAUGUCGACGAGUGUGAGUUGAUGCCCAACGCUUGCCAGAACGGAGGGACAUGUCACGACACUCAUGGCAGCUAUCACUGCGUCUGCGUCAAUGGAUGGACUGGAGACGACUGCAGCGAGAACAUCGAUGACUGUGCCAGUGCCGCUUGUUACCAUGGGGCUACCUGCCAUGACCGUGUGGCGAGCUUCUUCUGCGAGUGUCCUCAUGGGCGCACAGGUACGGCCAACUUUAGCAACUUCAGACAAACCGAACAUGCAGAUCUUGGAACGUUUAUUGAACACUUAUUUUCUUUUUGUGGUGCCCAAAGGUUUGCUGUGCCACCUUGAUGACGCUUGUAUUAGUAAUCCAUGCCAAAAGGGAUCCAACUGUGACACCAACCCAGUUAACGGCAAAGCAAUCUGCACAUGCCCCCCUGGUUACACUGGUUCAGCUUGCAACCUGGACAUUGACGAGUGUGCCCUAGGUAAAAUUGGACUAAGAACUAUUUUGUAAUGAGAAAUAUUAGAAUAAUAGAUAUGCGAUUAAUCAUGAUUCAUUGCGAUUAAUCAGGAUGCAUUAUCAAAGUGUAGCGAUUAAUUGUGAGUUUGAAAAAUAUCACUUGACAGCCCUAAACAACUUGUGUCUUGAAUGUUACAGGUGCAAAUCCCUGUGAACAUGGUGGUCGUUGCCUUAACACCAAAGGUUCCUUCAAGUGCAAGUGUCUUCAGGGAUAUGAAGGACCUCGCUGUGAGAUGGAUGUCAAUGAAUGCAUGUCAAAUCCUUGCCAUAAUGAUGCCACCUGCCUGGACCAGAUUGGAGGCUUCCACUGUAUCUGCAUGCCUGGUAAGAACAUCAGGUCAUAUUGCAUGGAAAGCGCCCUGACCAUAAUUGGAGAAAGAAAUCUAACCUUUGCAUCUGUGGGAUUUUAGGAUAUGACGGUGUGUUCUGCCACAUCAACAUAGACGAGUGUGCCAGCCAACCUUGUCUCAACAAUGGAAAGUGCAUUGACAAGAUCAACUCCUUCCACUGCGAGUGCCCCAAAGGUAAGAAAACAUCAGGGAAUGUGAAAGUUGAAGGAGUUAAUGGAGUGUAAGGAAUAGAUUCUUCGAUCGUCUUUAGUCUCUUUUAACUCCAGUCAAUGGGGGCAGCCUAGGGGCUAUAAAAGAGUGGAUCAUUAACUUAGCUGUCAAUAAGUAUAGCACGCCUUAUAUGGCUCCCAGAUUGAAUGUAAAUGAUUUACUACUCCUAAUGGUGUCACUGAAGGGUUUCAGGGGUGAACAGGGCAGAGUGGAUCAGGUCGCGGGAGCAUUAGCAUAUUUGGCGGGAAUGAGAGCUUGAGUUAGAGCUUAGCACCAAAAUUAGGGGGCAGGGAUUGGUUUAUAGCGGUAAGCUGGAGACCAUUGUGUUGUGGUUUGAAAGAAAGAUUUCACUGCACAGUGAGAGUGGAGGAAGGGGGGGCAGAGGUGGAAAGAGUGUUGUGGAUUGUUCAUUAGGACUCUCAGAAUCCUGUAACCUGCUUCAGAUGUAAAUCAGGCUUCCUGUCCUCCAUUUUAGCAAUAUGCACACUGUGGCUUCAAAUGAUCAAAGCUUUAAUAUUUUGUCAUUUUGAUGCAUUUGCAGGUUUUUCAGGGAAUCUGUGUCAGGUGGAUAUUGAUGAGUGUGCCAGCACGCCCUGCAAGAAUGGCGCUAAGUGCACAGAUGGUCCAAACAAAUACACUUGUGAAUGUGCUGAAGGUAAACAUGACUGUUUUUUGGAGACAUUUGCAAUUUCUGUCCCAUUUUUAAAAUAUAUCUUCAAUGCUAUUAAGAUCUCUCAUUAAAAUUUCCAGGCUACACAGGCCAGCAUUGUGAGACUGACAUCAACGAAUGCUACUCCGACCCCUGCCACUAUGGCACCUGUAAGGAUGGCCUCGCCUCCUUCACCUGCUACUGUCGUCCUGGAUACACUGGCCGCCUGUGUGAAACCAACAUCAAUGAAUGCCUGAGCCAGCCCUGUAAGAACGGUGGCACUUGCCAAGACAGAGAGAACACAUAUAUUUGCGCCUGCCCCAAAGGCACUGCAGGUGAGAUUUUUUGCGAGCUCUUUAGCUCUCGCAUUCUCAUACAAAAUUUUAGGAUUUUCCUCCAAAUGUUUGCUUCAACCUGUUUAAAUUUGCAGGUUUUAACUGCGAGGUGAACCUUGACGACUGUAAGAGCAAACCCUGCGACUAUGGGAGAUGCAUCGACAAAAUCAAUGGCUACGAGUGUGCAUGCGAGCCAGGCUACACAGGUGAGCGUGGGUGGAGUUUACAGGUGCAAUGGGGGAUGGUCCCCUGAGCUUUGGGAGGGGCAGGUAGGACAGGUGGCUGGCGGGUCCACUCCAGUGGAACAAUGGUGUCAGGUUGCAGGAGUGCAAAGAGGGGAUGCGGGGGAAGAGAAAAAGAACACAGCUUCCAACCUGAUACGCACACACAAACACACAAAGCACUAACUUUGUUUGCGAUUUGAAAAGGCUGUGACGCUGAGUCUGUACAGGUCCGUAAGGUGAUACUUAUAAAAGGCAAACAGCCUGGCCUUUAAUCAUAUGGCUGAUGUUUAUUGGUGUGUAAUAGCAUGACAAAUCCCUUUAAAUAUCUCACCUGAAUCUUCACUUACACGAAUCCACCCGUUACUCACUAGGAAACAAAACUUUGGUGUAAAAGUCUUGUCCAAACAAGUGUACCCCACUUGUCUUCCUCCCUUUCAUGGCCCAACCAAGCCGGUUCUGACUGGUAGUGGCUGUGUGAUUAUGCGAGAAAGGGGGCAGGGAAGGACAAGUGUGUGUGUGCAGGCUUCUGUGCAUCCCUCCUCCUCUUCCUCCCCUCCAUCUUUUUGUGCUGACGGGGUGAGCGUGGAGGGCAUGGCGGGACUGAGACACACAGGGACAGAGGGCUAUUGUGGCUGAAGAUCAGGCAGUUGGGCCCUCCCCUCCUGAUUGAUGAAGAGUAAAGGAGAAGGGGGGGGGGGGCUGGAUGGAGGAUCAGAGGGGGGUUUAAUUGUUACUCGGCUGUGUGUGAAAAUGGUCUGGCCUUCUGUCCCUGUAAACAGCCCACAGGCCGGGGGGUAGUGUUUGUGUGGGUGUGAAUAGGGAGAGUAGCUGCAGCCACUACCACCCCCCUCUCUCCUGGCAGUAACCCCCCCCUCUCAGAUCCAGCUGAAAUCCUCCUGCUGCCUAUUCAACAGGGCCCCACUCAAUCAAUGGAGAAGAGGCUGAGGGGCCUCCAGGGGCCACCAGGAUAGGCACACACUAGGGCUGCUACAACUUCUGCCUGCUGAAUGAUCUGGGUGCUUUUAGUGUUACCUCUUGCUAUUGUCCAAAAGCCACACAGUGCACCUCAGCUAGCAGCUUAAAAAGGCUCUGAGAAAACCUCAUCGGAGAGCCAAGAGUCCAGCUGUGGGGCUUUCAAAAUGGCCAGUGAUGCUAUUUUUUAAUUCAUGUCUUUCAACCUAAAAAAAAAAACAACAGGGGGCACCUGGUAGCUCAUAUAGUACAGCUUUAUAUUGGCUUUUGAUCCUGGCUCUUUGUUGCAAAUCAACUCCCUACUCCCCCUUUAUGGCCCCCAAUUUCAGUCUCUACUUUCAUUGUCAAAUUGCCCAAAACUUUUGUUAAAAUAUACAAUUCUGAUCCCCAAAGAGCUGGAAUGAUGCACAAAAUGUCCUUUUCUUUUGCAUUUAUCACUGUAUCCUGAUAAUGCUGUAAAAUAGUGUCCUGGUGAACAGGAUUAUCCUAAAGUUGUAUGUCUCUUUAUUUUAGGAGCAAUGUGUAACAUCAACAUCGAUGAGUGUGCCAUCAACCCCUGCCACAAUGGGGGCACAUGUGUAGAUGGCAUCAACAGCUUCACUUGCCUGUGCCCAGAUGGCUACAAUGAUGCCACCUGUCUGUCUCAGGUGGAUGAGUGUGGGAGUAAUCCCUGUAUCCAUGGCAGGUGCCAGGACCUCAUCAAUGGGUGAGUACAGAUCUGGUUUUAAGAGCAGAAAGAGUUGGGUAUGUGGAAUAAGAAAAGGGUUGCACUUACUCAUAUUUACCUCUGGAGUAAUCUUACCUCUUAUGUCUUUUUUUCUGAAGCUACAAAUGUACCUGUGACUCUGGCUGGAGCGGCCCAAAUUGUGACAUCAACAACAAUGAGUGUGAGUCCAACCCCUGCAUGAACGGGGGAACCUGCAAGGACAUGACCAGCGGAUACCACUGCACGUGCAGAGCCGGCUUCACAGGUCAGUUAUGACCCCUUUUUUGAGGUCUUUUCUUUUCUACUGCUCACUUUGAGUGGGUUUUUUUGCUUUGUUGGCUUGUGUCUAACCCCAGUGUGUUCUCUAAUCCCACUGCUGUAGGACCUAACUGCCAAACUAACAUAAACGAGUGUGCCUCCAACCCCUGCCUCAACCAGGGCACCUGCAUCGACGACGUGGCUGGAUACAAGUGCAACUGUUUGCUGCCCUACACUGGUACAAUAUUCAGCUGCCUAUUUUCAUCUACAGAACCAGGCUGAUCCCUGGGUUGUUUAAUUAGGUCCAAUGCUUACUCAGCUGUUUGCACAUAUCUAAAACUGUAAAGGCAAUCUUCCAUUUUCCACAUUGAAGGCUUAUCCCGUCCUGUUCGGUGUUAUUUAAGAAAACAUUAGCCAGUGGCCACUAACUGGGAUGUCUGUUUUGGUCAUUUUUGUGUGGAAAGAUCAGCUUAUAUGCCUUGCCGGGAUAACAGUAUACAAGUGCGUGUGUGUGUUUUCUGGAAUAACAUACCACAAAAGGCUAAUAUAGGCAGGAGAGCUGGAGCCUGCUGCAAGCCCAGUUCCCACUUCCUGUUUCCUGUCUGCAAUCACACAAUAGCAGGAAACAGGAAAGCCCUUCCUGUUUGGUUUAGUCGUCAUGGAAAUGGAUAAGGAAGUUGAUGGAAAGUGGGAUUUAUUUCGCUAUUGAAAACCCAACUUUUGCAGCAGUUUGGUGACAUAGACUUUCAAAAAUCUGUUUUGUGUUGAAAAUUCAAGUCUGCAGCAGUUGCUCUAUGUAAUGCAAACACUGAUGUUGUCAUUUUUUUUGCCACCAGGGGAAAACUGUGAGACUCUGCUGGCACCCUGCAGCCCCAGACCCUGUAAAAAUGGUGGAGUAUGCAAGGAGUCCGAAGACUACCAGAGCUUCUCCUGCAUCUGCCCUGAGGGUUGGCAAGGUAUCAAGACAUCAACACUUCUUAUUUCCUCUGUUUAAUGCACAAUCUCUAUAAAUACAUGCACACUCUAGGCAACCUCCCAUUAAUUAUCUACUCCUCUUUUAAAGGUCAAACAUGUGAGAUCGAUAUUAAUGAAUGUGUGAAGAGCCCAUGCCGCAACGGUGCCAUUUGUCACAACACCAUGGGUGGCUACCAGUGCAAGUGCCAACCGGGUUACACCGGACAGAAAUGUGAGACCGAUACUGACGACUGCAAACCAAGUAAGAAACAUUAAAUCACUGCCAGAUCUCAUCUUUGCAAAAAAAAAUUCUGAGUGAUUUUAAUCCUCCGUUUUGUGUUUUAGAUCCCUGCAGUAAUGGUGGUUUGUGCCACGAUGGCAUCAACUCUUUCACCUGUACGUGUCUGCCUGGUUUUCGGGGGGGGAGAUGCGAGCAGGACAUCAACGAAUGUGAGAGUAACCCCUGUAAGAAUGGUGCCAAUUGCACUGACUGCGUCAACAGCUACACGUGCACCUGCCCACCUGGCUUCAGCGGCAUCAACUGUGAGAUCAACACCAAUGACUGCACUGACAGGUAGCUCAAUUUCCCAAAUGAGCAUCUCUACUUAAAGACACAUUAUCAUCCUAAAUAGUGUGAUAUGGAGUUCUGAAACAAUUCUUCCUUUAUGUUUGCUCAGCUCUUGCUUCAAUGGAGGCACAUGUGUAGAUGGGAUCAAUGCUUUCACUUGCCUGUGUCUACCUGGAUUCACCGGCAGCUACUGCCAAUAUGACAUCAACGAGUGUGACUCCAAACCUUGCCUCAAUGGAGGCUCUUGCCUUGACAGUUAUGGGACUUACAAGUGCACUUGUCCUCAUGGAUACACUGGAGUCAAUUGCCAGGUAUGGUGAAAUGACCUCAUGACAGAGUAAUAUGUACCAUUUUGUUGUUGUUUUAUGCAUUAAAGUUUCUUGAAAGUAUAUUUUAAAAUAUUUCUCUCUGUUCUUUCUUGUCAGAAUCUUGUGCGCUGGUGUGACUCAUCCCCUUGUAAAAACGGAGGCUCAUGCUGGCAGCAGGGAGCCUCUUACACCUGCCAAUGCCAGACUGGAUGGACCGGUCUAUACUGUGACAUCCCCAGUGUGUCCUGUGAGGUUGCAGCCAAACAGCAAGGUACAACCAUGACCUUCAAGUUUUUUUAUUCUAAUUUAUUUAUUCAUUUUUUUUUUUAUGUGACACAGCUAACUAACUUGAUAAAGCUUCAUGUUUGAGUGUGAAACUUUCAAUCUGUAACUCUCUCUUUUCUGAUUCCAGGAGUGGAGGUGGCUCACCUGUGCAGGAACUCUGGUCAGUGUCUGGACGCUGGAAACACACAUUACUGCCGCUGCCAGGCCGGAUACACCGGGAGUUACUGCCAGGAACAAGUGGACGAGUGCUCGCCAAACCCUUGCCAGAAUGGAGCCAUCUGUACGGAUUAUCUGGGAGGCUACAGCUGUGAGGUAGGUUGAGCCAAGAAAUUUGAUCUCUAAAUAAAGUGGAGGACAGUCAAAGAGUUAAGAGUUACUAUCAAAAAUGUGACCAUAAAUAAAUAAGUAAUUAUGCUAUUCUUAAAAUGUAUUUUUUUCUUUUUUAUAAAAAAGUGUGUCCCUGGCUACCAUGGUGUGAACUGCUCCAAAGAGAUCAAUGAAUGUCAGUCUCAGCCCUGUCAGAAUGGAGGAACCUGCAUCGACCUCAUCAACACAUACAAAUGCUCCUGCCCCAGAGGAACACAAGGUUUGUACAUGAAUGCACAUUGACACUCACAUGGUUCAUGUUUGCAGUCAAACAAAUGUUUGAUUAUAUAUUUGAGACUUUUCACCAAAUAAAGGAGUAUCCAUGGUUCUGUGAGUGAGUGAGGAUAAAAUGGAUUCUGGCACAGGCGGGUUGGUGCUGCAUCUACAGUAACGUGAUAUACAUGGACAAGUGGAUGGAUUUGCUAAACCUUGUGUUUCUUUCCACUGUAGGUGUCCACUGUGAGAUAAAUCUGGAUGACUGCACUCCCUCCACUGAUCCACUGACCAACGAGCCAAAGUGCUUCAAUAACGGCAGGUGUGUGGACCGCAUCGGAGGAUACCAGUGUGUGUGCCCACCAGGCUAUGUGGGAGAGCGCUGUGAAGGUGAUGUCAACGAGUGUUUGUCGGACCCAUGUGACCCAAGAGGGUCGUACAACUGCAUCCAGCUCACCAACAGUUACCGGUGUGAAUGCCGCACUGGAUAUACAGGUACUGAUAUACGCCUGGCAGGGUGUUAAAGACUGCAAUAUGAGUUUUUGAAGUGAAGUAAUCAUGUAUAAAAGGUGACUAAAACAAAUUGCUCUUGUUAUCCAGGUCAACGAUGUGAUAAAGUGUUUGAUGGCUGUAAAGGAAGACCCUGCAGGAAUGGAGGAACCUGUGCUGUUGCCAGUAACACUCCUCAUGGUUUCAUCUGCAAAUGUCCACCUGUGAGUACCACUUCUCUCCCUUCAAACUCAUUUUUUUUCUUAAGUAUGGUGCAAAAAUCUUAACCCAUGUCCAUUUCUGUUUCUCCAGGGCUUCACUGGUUCUUCCUGCGAGUAUGAUUCUCGCUCCUGUGGAAGUCUGAAUUGCAGGAAUGGUGGUACAUGUGUGUCAGGCCACCUUGGCCCACGCUGCCUGUGUCCAACAACCUUCACUGGCCCUGAGUGCCAAACCCCCACUGACAGCCUCUGUAUCUCAAACCCCUGCUACAAUGGCGGGACAUGCCAGAUCACCCCAGAAUCACCUUUCUUUCAGUGCAGCUGCCCCAGCAACUUCAACGGCCUGCUCUGCCACAUCCUGGACUACUCCUUUGUGGGAGGUUUUGGUCGGGACAUCACCCCACCUCCGAAAGUUGAGGUGAGCUGCGAGAUUCCUCAGUGUGACGAGUGGGCAGGGAACCACAUCUGCGACUCGCUGUGCAACAACCAUGCCUGCGGCUGGGAUGGAGGAGACUGCUCUCUGAAUUUUGACGAUCCCUGGCAAAACUGCUCUGCAGCUUUGCAGUGCUGGCGCUACUUUAACGAUGGGAAGUGUGAUGGCCAGUGCAACAGCCCUGGAUGUCUCUAUGAUGGCUUUGAUUGUCAGGGACAGGAAGGACAAUGCAAGUAAGUCUAGAAAACAUAAAACAAUCAUGUGAGCUUCUUGCAGGAACACAAAUAAGAGUACUAACCAAAUCUCCUCCCUUUCUUCCAGCCCUCUCUAUGACCAGUACUGCAAGGACCAUUACGCAGACGAUCACUGCGAUCAAGGCUGCAACAAUGCAGAGUGUGAAUGGGAUGGCUUGGAUUGUGCCAAUAACAUGCCAGAGAAGCUUGCAGAUGGUCACUUGGUGCUGGUGGUGCAUAUCCCCCCAGAAAUUCUCAAAAACCGUUCCUCCACCUUCCUCAGAGAGCUCAGCAGCGUCCUGCACACCAACGUCGUGUUCCGCCGUGACUCCAAAGGCGAACCGAUGAUCUUCCCUUAUUACGGAAACGAACAGGACCUUGUGAAACACAAUGUGCUGAAGCGUUCUGCAGACGGCUGGCCCGAGUGGGCUUCCAUGCCAGCCAGUGUUCUGGGUCAAAUGAAGGAGAGUGUGUCCUCCAUGGUCAGCCCUCGGAAGCGCAGAGAGCUAGAUCCUCUGCAAGUCAAAGGGUAGGCCUCACUGUGUGUUUUGUUUGCAGAAUGAAUCCAUAUUGUGUUAAGCUUCGAUGUUAACAUUCAUUCCUGCUCAUAGGUCUGUAGUGUACCUGGAGAUUGACAACCGUCAGUGCUACCAGCAGUCUAGUGAAUGUUUCCAGAGCGCCACAGAUGUAGCUGCAUUCCUUGGAGCGCUUGCAUCUAGUGGGAACCUCAACGUCCCCUACAUCGAGGCUGUCACCAGUAUGUCACUUAUUCCAAGUCCCAAAUAUGUGUCUAAAUUUGUUGCUAGGCUAAAAACCCAAGUCAUGAACGGGGAUUUUUCUGUCUUCAAGGUGUAAGACCAAGCCCAUCUGGUCCAGAGCUCUACCCCAUGUACGUGGUCUUCCUUGGUUUGGCUGCACUGGGAUUCAUCUGCCUCGGUGUUCUGGUGUCCCGUAAGAGGCGUCGAGAGCAUGGCCAGCUCUGGUUCCCUGAGGGAUUCAAGGUGUCAGAGCCCAGUAAGAAGAAACGCAGAGAGCCACUGGGACAGGAUUCUGUUGGACUCAAGUAAGAAGCUAAAAUAGCUGCCAGAGUUGUUGUCACCUUGCCUGGCUGCUGCACUCUUAAUUGUGUGGCUUUUGUUCACGCUGUGUAAUUAAUCCAACCUGCUUUCUUUGUUUAAACAGGCCAAUGAAAAAUUCAGACAUCAAUCUCAUGGAUGACAAUCAAAACGAAUGGGAUGAUGAAGAUCCAGAUUGCAGGCGCUUCAGGGUAAGAAAAGAUUGACAUGAGCCAAACAACUAGUAUUAGUGACAAACCUGUUUUUGUACACACUUCUGUUGCUGACAUUGGAUGAUUGGUGUGUCUUUUAGUUCGAGGAGCAGGCCAUGUUGGAUUUGAGUGACCACACCGACCACAGAAAAUGGACACAGCAACAUCUGGAUGCAGCUGAUUUGCGAAUCGCAUCCAUUGCCCCGACCCCUCCUCAAGGAGAAAUUGAAAAUGACUGCAUGGAUGUCAAUGUCAGAGGCCCAGGUUUGUACAUCUACUUCAGGGAAAUAUGUCUGAUCCAUUAUAACGGCCACUCUCGAAAGAUUAUGAAAUCGUCUGGGAAAAGUGACCACCACAUGACUGGGAACUUACAUAAUAUUUUCACAUCCUCUUUCAGAUGGUUUCACACCCCUAAUGAUCGCUUCCUGUAGCGGUGGAGGCCUCGAGACCGGCAACAGUGAAGAGGAAGAAGACCCCUCAGCUGAAAUCAUCUCUGACUUCAUCUACCAAGGCGCAAACCUUCAUAACCAGACCGACCGGACAGGCGAGACAGCCCUUCAUUUGGCUGCUCGAUACGCCCGCUCUGAUGCUGCCAAACGCCUGCUGGAGUCCAGUGCUGAUGCUAACGUUCAGGACAACAUGGGCCGUACCCCGCUUCAUGCUGCUGUGGCUGCUGAUGCACAGGGAGUGUUCCAGGUAACCCUUACCUCUGUAGAAGUCUCCUAGAUCUCCUAUUUGAGAUGUCUGCUCCUUAUACUUCUGAAAAGCACCCACUAAACAAGCGGUUGUCCUUACAGAUUUUGAUCCGCAACCGUGCCACUGAUCUUGAUGCCCGAAUGCAUGACGGAACGACACCGCUGAUCUUGGCAGCCCGACUUGCUGUAGAUGGCAUGGUGGAAGAGCUUAUCAACUGCCAUGCUAACGCUAAUGCCACCGAUGAUUCUGGUAGUUUAUGAUUUCAUAACCUCUCACUGUUUAUAAAGAUUCUUCAGUGUGCUGGGCUGUUUUGAUAACGAACCCCUUCUUCUCUCACUAUCUCUGCAGGUAAAUCUGCUCUUCACUGGGCCGCAGCAGUAAACAAUGUGGAGGCUGCUGUGGUGCUGCUAAAAAAUGGUGCCAACAAGGACAUGCAAGACAACAAGGUACGAUUUGUCCUGAGACAAUAAUGGAGCUAUUUAAUAAGUGUUAGAACCAGCAAAAGGGUUUAAGUUGCAAAAUAAUAUUGUACAAGCUUACACUAUUAAAGCUAUCUAUUUAAUUGCUUUAAAAGAUUUUAGAAUAAAUAGGAGUAUACUAGCUAACGCUGCAAGUGUAUGCUAACAGCUUGCUAUGAUGUCUUUAGCUAAACAUUUUGUAACUUGACAGCGCAGGGUAAAAACGAAAAAGAUUAGAUGCCAGGACUUUGUCUGAAAAAAGCUAGCCUUAACUAUGCUGCUAAGUGUACUACAGUACUUAGUGUAAAAAACACAAUGGUUGCUUUUCACAAUGAAUGGGAAUGAAUUUUCAGACUUGCUACACAGAAAACGUGGAGUAGAGUAGAUAAAUGACAUGUUCUCAAGAAAAGACUUUUUCCACACAGAUUUCAGUUUAUGCUUUAUGAGAUCUAACUUUAAUUAUAUAACAAAUUUUAUAUGUUCAUUUAUUUCCAGCUGUAAAUUUAAAGUUUUACCUUUCUUGUUUUGCCUUUUAGGAAGAGACACCGCUCUUCCUUGCAGCCCGUGAAGGCAGCUUUGAGACAGCCAAAGUCCUUCUUGAGCACCUCGCUAACCGUGAGAUCACCGACCACCUCGACCAGUUGCCCAGGGAUAUUGCUCAGGAGCGUAUGCAUCAUGACAUCGUCCGUCUUUUGGAUGAGUACAACAUCGUCAGGAGUCCCGGGCUUCACAGCGCUCCCCUAAGCGCCGCCAGCCUCUCUCCACCUCUUUGCUCGCCCAAUGACUACCUUAGCAACCUCAAGCCUACACUUUCUGCCAAGAAAGUUCGCAAAAUCAGCUCUGGCAAGGGAGGGAAGGACGGGGGUAAAGAUAACAGAAUGAAGAAGAAGAAGUCCUUAGAUGGAAAGGGUAGCUUGCUGGAUACAUCAGCCGCCCUAUCCCCGGUGGAUUCCCUCGAGUCACCGCAUGGUUACCUGUCAGAUGUAGCCUCCCCUCCUAUGACAUCCCCCUUCCAACAGUCACCACCUAUGUCUUUAAAUCACCUACAAGGCAAUGGGGAUUCUCAUAUGGGCCAGAUGAGCCUGGGUAAAGACAUGAGCUGUAUGUCUUUUGACCCUAACGUACCCCGCCUCUCCCACCUGCCCGUGUCCAGCCCCGGGAGUCAGGGCACGACAUCCAUAGGUGGCAGCAGAGGAGGCCAGUGUGACUGGGUCUCCAGGAUGCACCCAGGUGUAGGCCAGCAAGGAGGCUUCACACAGGCACCUCAAGUACCCCACAGUAUGAUGGGGGCUUUGAGUGGGGUCAGCACCGCCACUCUGUCUCAAAUCAUGGGCUACCAGAACCUGCAGACCAGCCACCUCGGUUCAACCGCGCAUAUGAUGCAGCGGCAACUCCAGCACCAGAACUCCAACUCGGCCACAGCCGGGCAGCCACUCAGCCAGGGCUUCCCUAGCAUGAAGCAAAACGGCGCUGACAUGCAGCAGAACAACACUCGCUCCAUGCCAAUCCACACCGUCAUGCCCCAGGAGACUCAGAUCCUCGGCACCCAGUUCCUCACCCCUCCCUCCCAGCACAGCUAUUCUGGCCCUAUGGACAACACCCCCAGCCACCAGCUCCAGGUGCCCGACCACCCGUUCCUAACCCCUUCCCCUGGCUCACCCGACCAGUGGUCCAGCUCGUCCCCACAUUCCAACAUGUCAGAUUGGUCUGAAGGCAUCUCCAGCCCGCCUACGAGUAUCCAUUCACAGAUGAACCUGAUCCCAGACCAGUUUAAAUAAAGACUAGUAAAAUGGACAGAAAAUAAAACCUCUGGGAAAAGGUGACAAACCUCUCCUAAGACUGAACACCCUCCUUUUUUAUUAUCAGUUUUUAUACUAACGACAAGAACAGUUUUAGUAAUUUUGUAUUUAUUUAUGUGCUUUUUUUGACCUGAAAUAUAAAGAAGAUGCUUUUAUAUUUAUGCUUUUUUUUAUUUUUUAUUUUGUUCUGUUAUGAACAGUAAGGUUAGAAACUGUUUUAAAUGAGCAUAUAUCAGAAAAAAAAGCUCCUUGAUGUGUACACUGGCUAUUUAUUUGUGUUUUGUGUUGCUUUAUUCACUGGAUUUAUUUCAAUCUUUUGAUGCAUUGACCUUCUUAAAUUUUAUUUUUGGGGAUUUACGUUAUAUUUGUACAGAUUUUUUUGAUGUUUAUAGAUUAUUUUAAAGUUCUCAGUAUUAAUUAAUUAUAUCUUAACCUCUUGUCGUUUUACGUUACGCAGGUUUUGUUACCGAACCACAUUUCACUAAGUCUUAUCACUGAGUCUGAGUUAGAAAAUGAUCAAAUAUAUAUUUAAAGUUUCACCUUUCAUAUUUUUACUUGCAUUAUAAAGACAGCUUAAGAUAAUUUACAUCAGAGAUUUGGGACCUUAAAGCACAGGGAAAAUAUUCCGUAUUGGUUGAGAGAUGUUUUUCGAAUUAAGUAGGUCUUGGCUGGUGCUGAGUGAUUGAUUUUUGAUCAAUAAUGAACGAAGAAUGUUUCUUUUUUUCAUGUUGUAUCUCUAAUCAGUAAUAAUGGUUACCAUGUUUAACCUGUUGAGUGUUAAAUAGCAGACCUGUUGUAAAAAGUUGUUACAUUUGCCACAGUUUAAAAUAGUGCCAGUGUGAUUUUUGUUUUUCUUAAGAAAAGCAGCAUAUUUGUGAGAUUUCAUGUACAAUUGAAAAAAAAAGGUUUUCAAAGUGGAGAACUUUUUUUUUUUUUUUGGUACAAGAAAUGGGGACCUUUGUGUGCGUGCGUGUUAAACGACAUUACCUGCACUUUUUUAAUGGAGUGUGGUGAAAGGUGUCAAAAUGUCAUGUUUUAUAAACUAAUUCAGAGAUAAAGAAGUUUUUAAGAAAAAAGAUGUAACUCAAAAUCAAUGUUCAUGCAAAGUUGUAGUUUGCAAAAAAAGUAUUUCCUGCUUUAAAAUGUUUUGUACAAAUUGUCUUGAUUCAAUAAAUUGCUGUCAAGCUUUAAAA